AUGUCGGACAAGCUUAGCAAGUCGCUCGACGAGAUUGCCAAGGAGCACCGUGUUGGCCGCGGUCGGGGUCGCAAGAAUACUAAGCCUAAGGCUCCUGCUGGCGGUAUUACCAAGAAGACAAAACAGGCAAAGGCUCCUGCUCCUGCUGCAGCGCCUGCUGUCCUUACUCCCGCUUCCGGGGAGAGCAAGAUUGAGGUCAGCCAGCUGCCCAAGGAUGUCACCGAAGAUCAAAUUAAGGAAUACUUCGAGAAGACUAUUGGUCCGGUCAAGAAGCGACCCAUCAUCAGCUAUGGUCCAAAUGGUAUCAGCCGUGGUAUCGCAUCCAUCACAUUCAGCAACCCACGCCACGCAAACACUGCUUUUGAGCGCCUAAACGGAAUGCUCGUCGAUGGAAAGCCCAUGAAGGCGCAAGCGCAAGCGGCCAAGUCCUUGAGCGACCGUGUAGCUCAGCCUAAGAACCAGCCUAAGGCUGCUGCUGCGGCUCCGAAGCAAGCUGCUGCUGGCGCUUCCGCGGCUCCCAAGGCUACCCGUGGCCGUGGCCGUGGCCGCCGAGGCCGUAACACCACUCGCCCCAAGCGCAAGACCGCCGAAGAGCUUGACGCCGAAAUGGUUGACUAUUUCGGCAAUGAAAACACUAAUGGCGCCGCUGCUGGCACUGAAGCUGCUCCUGUUACCAACGGUGCUGCUCCAGCUCCAGCUCCCGCUGCUGCUGGUGGAGACACUGGAAUGGAAGACGAGAUCAUGUAA